AUGCAGCAACAGCUAAGAAAAGAAUUACAAAGCAGCAACAGCAGCAGCAGCAGCAGCAGCAGCAAGAGAAGCAACAGUAACGGAACUGCUGGAUACAGAGGCAGGCAGCAACAGCAGCCUCUGCAGCAGCAGCACCUGCAACAGCAGCAACUGCAGCAGCAGCAAUUGCAGCAGCACCAACAGCAGCAGCCGUACACCCAACAGCAGCAACUGCGUUGUUUGCACCCGCAGCAGCAGCAUUCACAGCAGCAGCACGGGCAGCAGCAGCCGCAGCAACUGCAACACUAG